AUGGGCCCGCGAAGCCGCCAGCGCCGGGCGGGAACGGUCCAGAGCACCAACGACAGCAGCUCCCUCAGCAAGCGAUCGCUAGCCGCACACGGAUACGUGCGCGAUGCCUUCGCGGCGUUGCUGGUCCCGGGGCCGGUGCGACGCACCCCGCUUAUCCACCGCGGCUAUUACGUGCGCGCGCGCGCCGUGCGUCACUGCGUGCGCGCCUUCCUCGAAUUCACUGGCGGGCUCCCGUCCCCGACCAGGGCGCAGAUCCUGUCCUUGGGCUCAGGCUCCGACUCGCUUUAUUUUCGUCUGAAAGCUGCGGGCCUCCUGGCCCGAGCCGCCGUCUGGGAGGUGGACUUCCCGGACGUGUCUCGGCUCAAAGCGAAGAGGAUCGAGGAGACCCCGGAGCUGUGUGCGCAGACCGGUCCUUUCAAGAUCGGGGACUCAGCGUCGACGCUGUGCUUUGAGAGCUCGGACUACCGCAUCCUGGGCGCUGACCUGCGGGAGCUCCAGCGAUUAGGGGAGGCCCUGGACAGCGCUGGCCUGGACAGCACCUCUCCCACGCUGCUCCUGGCCGAGGCGGUGCUGACCUACCUGGAGCCCUCCAGUGCUGCAGCCCUCAUCGCCUGGGCUGCCCAGCGUUUCCCCGACGCCCUUUUCGUGAUCUAUGAGCAGAUGAAGCCGAGUGAUGCCUUUGGUCAAAUCAUGCUGCAGCACUUUCGGCGGUUGCACUCACCCCUGCAUGGCCUGGAGCUCUUUCCAGACGUGGAGGCCCAGCGCCAGCGCUUCCUUCAAGCUGGCUGGACUGCCUGCAGCGCCCUGGACCUGAAUGAGUUCUAUCACCGCCUUCUCCCGGCAGAUGAGCGCCAGCGGGUCGAGACACUUGAGCCCUUUGAUGAAUUUGAGGAGUGGCAUCUGAAGUGUUCCCACUAUUUCAUCCUGGCAGCAUCUAGAGGAGACAUUCUGUCAGAAACUCCAGUGUUUCUGCCCUCAGAGGCUUCUUUUCAGAUAGAUCCUGCUUCGCCUUCAGGGUUUCUUUCUGCCAGAGUAGUCACUAGUGACCACCAGCACUCAAGCCUGAAGCGAUAUGGCCAUUCCUCUGUCCUCUUGAGCCCUGGCAUUAUUUUCAGUGCAGGAGGCUUUGGAGAACAAGAAGGACGACACUGCCGAGUGAGCAGGUUUCACUUACUCUCAAGAUCCUGUGACUCUGAGUGGAAAGGCUGCCAAUUAAGUACUUUGGGGACUGAAGGCCAGUGGGAUGGCCGCCUUUAUCACACCAUGACAAGGCUUUCAGAUACUCAAGUUCUGGUUCUUGGAGGGAGACUAUCCCCAGUAAGUCCAGCCGCUGGGGCUCUCCAACUUGAUUUAUACAAAAGUGAGGAUAAUUGUCCUGAGGGUCAGAAUGUAAGGGUAACAAAGGCUGCCUUGGAAGAAGAUCCCAUGUUGUCAUGUUGGCGACAUUCAACAACGGAAGUAUACUAUCAGAAUCAAAGAUACUUAUUUGUGUAUGGUGGCCGAAGUGUGGCGGAACCCGUACUAAGCGACUGUCGUUUUCUACAUGUAGAGACAAUGGCUUGGGUCAAAAUCCCAGUCCAAGGCACAUCACCUGAAGGUCGGCAUUCCCAUAGUGCCUGCAGUUGGCAAGGGGGAGCACUUAUCGCUGGAGGUCUUGGGGCUUCUGAGGAACCGUUGAGCUCUGUACUCUUUCUCAGACCCAUAUCCUCUGGCUUCCUCUGGGAAUCAAUAGACAUCCAGCCCUCCAUUACCCCAAGAUACUCUCACACGGCGCAUGUAUUUAAUGGAAAGCUGCUUCUGGUUGGAGGGGUCUGGAUUCAUUCCUCCUCAGUUCCUGGAGUGACGGUUAUCAGUUUGACCACAGGAUUGAGCUCUGAGUAUCAGAUCGACACAACGUCUGUGCCAUGGCCUUUAAUGUUGCAUAACCACAGCAGUGCCCUUCUUCCUGAGGAGAGGCAGCUCCUGCUUAUUGGAGGUGGAGGGAACUGUUUUUCCUUUGGUACUUAUUUCAACCCCCACACAGUGGCAUUAGAUCUUUCUUCCUUAAGUUCAGGGCAAUAAAGACUGGACUUGAUAUAUUCAGGAAUCAAGGAUGAAUUUGCUUGUAUUGCCACACUCCCAACACCUUUUUUCCUUACUGUACUAUUGAGCAUAGACCAUGAAAAGGAUGAUUAAAAUACAGACCAACAUUGAGUAUAAAAAUAAAGCAAGGAGUGGCAUAUGUCCUAGGGGCCUCAGCAUCAUGUGUCCAGUUUUCUGGGAUUCAUCCAAUUUUCAAGUCUUAGCCAUUUAUUGAGUCACAACAACUUUUAGCUUAAAAAAAAAAAAAAACCCAAACCUGGAUCUUAUGAUCCAGAUUAUAUUUUGGAAAAAGUUCCAUACAGAUCCUUGGCAAAAAUACACAGUUGAGUAUAGUUCAGUAAUAUAGUGUUGACCUGUUGCAAUGGACGAACAGUCUGAAAGGAACACUGCAGUCUAAAGACUUGUGCUUUUAGUUUGGACACAGAGAACUUUAACAAUGAGAAAAAGUACAACUUGGAAAUUGUGCUUUUGAUCACGUUUUUGCUAAUAUUUUAUAUUUAUCUAGCUUUAUAAGUGCUAAUAAACCAGACAUUUAAUGCCUUAAUUUUGUACCUGCUAUAAUGAAUGAUGCUUGUUCCAGAUCUUGUUCUACCUUUCAUUGUCAGCCAGACACUGUUCUGAGCCCCCAAGCAGCUUAGAUAGGCAGCAUCAAUCCACAAGUCAGAUAAGAAGUACUAUACUAUCACAAGUGCUAUAAGAAGAGGCUGUGUUUUUGUGGGGAUGGGGAGUAGGAAGUAAGCCACAGUAGUUGUGGCUCUUUCUCUGCCAGUCUACAGGUUGACAUUGUGCAUUCUGCCAAGGCCAUAGGUGCUGGCAUGUAACAUGUGGUAAGGCAGAACACUAAUACUACAUUGCUGUAUUGCUUAAGGUUGUUUUAGGAAUUGUUUCUUUUCCUUAACCCCCUCUGACCUAGCAGUUGUGCUGGCUUCUUAUUAGAGCUGAGCUGCAUUACCCAAUUCACUAUUAAUUACUUUUCUUGCUUUAUUGUAAAGAAACAGCAUGACCAAAGCAACUUAAGGAAGAGCUUAGUUGGGCUUUUGGUUCCAGAGAUAGACCAUCCUGGUGUGGUGGCUAGAAGCAAGACUGCUGAAAACUCAUAUCCUUUACCAUAAGCACAGAACAGCAACUUACAAAGAGAGGCCUUAACCUCUCAAAGCACCCCAACACACACACACACACACACAACUGCCUCAUUCCCACACAGUGACAUGCUUCCUUUAGGAAAGACACUUAAGCCUCUCCAAACAGCACCACCAUCUGAGGACCAAGCCUUCAAAUUCAUGAGCUGGUACACGGAAUUCCCAUUCAAACACCACAAGUAGCAAUUAGCAACUUGUGAAGAUUUAAAAGCAUGAAAGAAUCUUGGGAUUGUAGUGUAUCUUAUCUAAAGCCAUUAAAUUCCCCUCAGUUAUCUCUUAAAUGAUUAGACAAUCUGUCCCUAUUAAGUUUUGAAGAUAGUAAAGACAUUCUCUGAGUUUUUAGACCUAGUCUGUCAUGUGAGUUGUAUAUAACAUGAGCUUUGUCACCAAGAGGUAGUGGCUUGAUAGACCUGUUACACUAGUACAAUCCUGGAUAUGGUAGCAUCUUGAAAUUCUCUAAGUAUCCAGCUGAUUAUUAUUAACCAUUAAUCUUAACUUCUUAGUGGACUUUAUGACAUAGAGUCCCUGUUCUCUAAAUAUUUUUUUAUGACUUUGCACAUAAUAUGGAUGUGGAAGGUAGUUAAUAUAAAAACUGAGUAGGGGCGUAGAUGAACUUUCCUGAGACUUUAUAAUGGCCUUUUCUGGAAAACUCAUUGGUUGUGGCAUGAGUCUUGGCGUACAGGUCAGCAUCUGGCAAGGCUCUCAGUGGGCCAAGUGCUAGGUAAUUGCCUGUAGCAUGACAGAUAGGCUUCUUGUUUGUGAGUUUACCACACCUACGUCCAGCUUUCAGGAGCAAGUCCGAGGAGACCGAUUCAAAUUUGUGUUCUCACCUGUGUUGUAGAUAGUACCAGAAGUCAAAUCAGACCUGACUAAACUCAUUUCAUUCAGCAAUCAUUAUAAUUUCAUUACUGUGGGUAUAAAAAGGUAGAAGGAGGUCAUCCAGAGAGUGUUGGUGUGUGCCAGACCCAAAUCAGUGCAGCAGGGCCUAUUAUGUCAGGCAGCCCAUCAUGAGUAAUUGGGCCUGGACUUGUUUCUUCAAGAGAACUAACUUGUGUUUUCUGGAAGCAAUUAUAAGAUUUAGCAUGCUUUCCAACUUUAACCUCAUUUUUACCUCUUAAAACUCUUUUUUUGUUGUUGUUGUUUUUGUUUGUUUCUUUGAUUGGUUGGUUUUUGGAUUUGGAUUUUUUGAGACAGGGUUUCUCUGUAUAGCCCUGGCUGUCCUGGAACUCACUCUGUAGACCAGGCUGGCCUCGAACUCAGAAAUCUGCCUGCCUCUGCCUCCCAGAGUGCUGGGAUUACAGGCGUGCGCCGCCACUACCACCUGGCUUCUUAAAACUCUUGUUAAUUAGAAAGAACAUUUAGACAUUUUUAUCAGAGCAGCAUUCUGCAUGUACUGGAAAUAAAUGGUUGCUGGGUUAGUUUUAUUAAUGGCAGAUUUGCAACAGUUGAUGAAAUUAGAACACAACUUUUGAUUCUUUAUUGCAAUUUUUAAUAUUUUUGUUCUAAAAUUCUAUUGGGCUUUGGUAUAAUUUUGAGAGUUGUUUUUGUUUGUUUGGAUUUAUUUAUUUUAUGUAUAUGAGUACACUGUAGACAUACCAGAAGAGGGCAUCAGAUCCCAUUACAGAUGGUUGUGAGCCAUCUCUCCAGCCCCUGAGAGUUAUUUUUAGUGAUUUUUCCUUUCUAGGCCAGAAAAGCUAUUAAGGAAAGAGAAGAAUCUUUCCUCUGGGUCUCAUAAGCAGUGCAUCUUAUUAACAUAAAAGAACAAGAUGUGGGUCUGCAGAGAUGACUCAGCACUUAAAGAACACUAGCUGCUCUUCCAGAGGACCCAGGUUUGACUCGUAGCACCCACAUGGAGGCUCACAGUCAUCGGUAAUUCCGGUUCCCAGGGAUCCAAUGCCUUCUUCUGGCCUCCAAAUGCAUCAGGUACACAGAUAUACAAGCAGGCAAAACAUUUACAUUUGGCAGCACAUGUGCUAACAUUGGAAUGAUAGAGUGAAGAUAAGUCUGGGUCCCGUGCAAGGAUGACAUGAAAACCUGAGAAGCAACAAAGAACACACAAAACCCACAAUGAUUCAGAGGUUAAACUAACACUUCUUUGUCUGCCCUCAGUGUUUCAACUAAAUGUCCACUGUUGAGAGCCAGGCCAAUCCAAUUCUUUUCUUAGAGGCCCCAGGGAAAGGACAACAGGAACCUAGCUCUUUGUCAUUGCCCAAGAACAGACUUUGCAAAGCCAGUCCGGGGCUGGUGGCCAGGGCCUCAAAAGAGUUAAGGUUUUAGUUACUGGGCAUUUGGCUUCCCCUCUGUAGAGACUGGAGUUAGCUACCAGGCUGUCCUAAGGCUGACAUGUGCUAGGUCUGUAAGGCUCUUGAAACUCCCUGUGUUCCCUUUGUGCAACCUGCUUGAUUUGCUUCUGUUGACUUUGUCUGGUUGUAUGGUAUUCUCUGCAGAUUCUGAAUGUAGAUGCUAUUCUUCUGAAUAAAGCUUGCAAGUCAUCA